CCCCAGGAGAGAGUGAGAUCCUGGACCUGGACGAUAACCUGUACCUGGGAGGCUACCAGAGAAUAAACUGGGCAUGGUGUUCCCUACAGAGGUCUGGACAGCUCUCCUAAACUAUGGCUACGUGGGCUGCAUCCGGGACCUGUUCAUCGAUGGCCAGAGUAAAGAUGUCCGCCGCAUGGCCGAGGUUCAGAAGGCUGCUGGGGUCAAACCAUCCUGUUCUAAAGAACCGCCCAAGCAGUGCCUGUCAAAUCCCUGCCAGAAUAACGGGGUCUGUCGGGAGGGAUGGAACCGUUACGUCUGUGACUGCUCGGGGACGGGAUACCUGGGCCGCUCCUGUGAGAGGGAUGCGACCAUCCUGAGUUAUGACGGCAGUAAGUUCAUGAAGAUCCAGCUGCCGGUGGUGAUGCAGACGGAGGCUGAAGACGUGUCGCUGCGGUUCCGUUCUCAACGGGCGUAUGGCGUGCUGAUGGCCACAACUUCACGUGACAGCGCAGACACACUGCGCCUGGAGCUGGAGACCGGCCGUGUCCGCCUCACAGUCAACCUAGACUGUAUCAAGAUUAACUGUACUACCAGCAAGGGUCCGGAGACCAUUUUUGCUGGUCAGAACCUGAACGAUAACGAGUGGCACACGGUGCGUGUGUUCAGGAGGGGAAAGAGUUUGAAACUCACCGUAGAUGAUCUUCAACCUGUAGAAGGUCAAAUGGCAGGUGACCACACCCAGUUAGAGUUCCACAACAUUGAGACGGGCAUCGUGACGGAGAAGAGGUUCCUUUCACUGGUGCCCUCUAACUUCAUAGGCCACCUGCAGAGCCUCUCCUUCAACGGCAUGGCCUACAUAGACCUGUGUAAGAAUGGUGACAUUGACUACUGUGAGCUCAACGCCAUGAUUGGCUUCAAGAACAUCAUUGCCGACCCUGUCACGUUCAAGUCUCGGUUGAGCUACGUUGCUCUGACCACUCUCCAGGCCUACUACUCUAUGCACCUGUUCUUCCAGUUCAAGACCACCUCAUCAGAUGGACUCAUACUGUUCAACAGCGGGGAUGGAAACGACUUCAUUGUGGUCGAGCUGGUCAAGGGCUACCUGCACUACGUAUCAGACCUGGGGAACGGAGCUCACCUGAUCAAGGGCAACUCCAACAAGCCCCUGAAUGAUAACCAUUGGCACAAUGUCAUGAUCUCACGAGACACUAACAACCUCCACACCGUCAAGAUCGACACCAAGAUCACCACCCAGACCACCAUGGGAGCCAAGAACCUGGACCUGAAGGGCGACCUGUAUAUAGGUGGCGUGGCCAAAGAGACGUACAAGGAGCUUCCCAAAUUAGUUCACGCCAAGGAGGGCUUCCAGGGUUGCCUAGCAUCGGUGGACCUGAACGGACGCCUACCGGACCUGAUGUCAGACGCCCUGGCAUGUGUCGGCCAGAUAGAGAGGGGCUGCGAAGUGGAGCGUGUGUGGACCGUGGUGGAGCGUGUGUGGACCUGUGGUGGAGCGUGUGUGAACCGUAGUGGAGCGUGUGGGACCGUGGUGGAGCGUGUGUGGACCGUGGUGGGCGUGUGUGAACCGUAG